AUGUUAUUUACUCAACACAGACUUUUUAAAUGUUGGCGCCUUAAAUUAAAGCAUAAUCCAGUGUUUGCAAAUGUCUAAUCUUAUCGAUAUAAUUAGCUCUGAUUUCGUAUUCAUUGUUUAUAUCACAACAGCCAUAAUGAGCACCUUCAAAUUAAUGUACAAAUUGUAUGCCCACGCUGGUAGAUGCCAUAUAACAGGUGCGACGCGUUUGUUAUGUCCUGCACACAAUUAUGCUCAACGUCAAUACCAUUUGCUGGCUGUGACUGCUUUACCAAAUAACAAAUACACGUGCCUCCAGCGCGCUUGCUUUAGCGACAAACUCGAAACAAAAAAUCAAGAUGACCACAACAAUCGCGUGGCUAGCAAUAGUAUUCCACUGGCAGAGCUGCAGACCAAAAUGCAGCUAAUCUAUACGUGCAAAGUGUGCCAGAGCCGAAAUAUGGAGACCAUAUCAAAGGUGGCCUAUAAUAAAGGUGUUGUUAUUGUCACCUGUAAGGGCUGUGCAAAUCAUCAUCUAAUUGCUGACAAUCUUAAUUGGUUCACCGAUCUCAAUGGCAAGCGAAACAUUGAGGAAAUUCUGGCCGAAAAGGGAGAACAAGUUACAAAAAUUAUUAGCGAUAAACAUGAAUAUUUGCCAAAUAAUUAAAGAAAGUAGAGAUAAAAU